AUGGACCGCAGCGCAGAGUUCGGCCGAUGGAAGGCGCAGAGCCUGAGCAAGGCGGACCUCAGCCGGAAAGGCAGCGUGGACGAGGAUGCGGUGCAGGUUGUGGAGCUCCUGAAUUCGCGUGAGGAGUUUUUCACCACCAGCUCCUGCGCAGGCCGCAUCCUCCUCCUGGACGGGAGCACAAACGGUUCUGGGGUUCAGAAGCAGCACUGUUCCUGGCUACUGGUCACACAUAAACCUUGUGUGAAAGAUGAUGUGAUGGCAGCUCUGAAGGGCACGGCCAGCGAUGCUGUUCUGAAGUUUGAACCAUUCAUUCUCCAUGUGCAGUGCCGCACACUGCAGGACGCACAGACCCUGCAUUCGGUGGCAGUUGAUUCUGGCUUCAGGAACUCUGGCAUCACCGUGGGAAAGCGAGGGAAGACCAUGCUGGCUGUCCGGAGUACACAUGGACUUGAAGUUCCGUUAAGCCAUAAGGGAAAACUGAUGGUGACAGAGGAGUAUAUCGAGUUCCUGUUAACUAUAGCAAAUAAGAAAAUGGAGGAAAACAAGAAAAGAAUUGGAAGGUUUUAUAACUGCCUACAACAUGCUAUGGAAAGAGAAACUAUUUCAAACUCACAUUCCAAGAUCAAAGAGAAGAAGAAUCCAUGUUGUACUCGUAAGAAAGGGAGUCAGGGAAAAGCACACGACCUGCCUGUUACUGAAGACAAAGAAAAGGAACUUGAAGGUGGCGAUGGCCUUGAACUCAGGCUCUUCUUGGGAGAUGACUGAGGCCUGGCACAGUUCCGUCCCUGGCACACCCUGUGAGGCUGCUCUUCAUAAGAGCGUCAACCUUGCAGGAGGCAAGAGCCAGCUUCCCUCUGUUUUAGAGAGACUUUAAACAGCCUUUCAAGGUGUCUUUGUGCAUGUUCACUCUCUGAAGACUGCUUUUAAAGCAUCUUAGGAGUCACUCCACAAACUUCCUGGGUCUGUUUGUGUGAAAUAGGAAAAGCAAGAUUAAUUCCCUUCUGAGGUAGCCUCAGCAUCAUUUGAGUAGGAACCCUGGGAACAACCUCACCCUAACUUCCAGCGUUUUUUAGGGGAAUGAGUAGGUACCCCUGAUACCAUCUCCAUCGUUACAUUGCUGUUUGCAUGGCCAGACAGCCUGGUUCACAGCUUGAGCCUUACACAAUGGUAGCACUCUUGAAGCUGUGAGCUGCACAUUAGGUAAGCUUGUGCAGCUUCCCUGCCACUCAGGGAAUUGGAGCAGGGGAAGGAAACAGUUUUAGAAUGUAUGGGGUAUGGCUUCUAAAUUACCGAGUAAGAUCUGAAUGAUCUUCCAGGCAUAUAGAUGGAAGGAGUGAGAAGUCAAGGAAACAGCCUAAAAGAGAGCAGUGCAGCCAGCGUGCGGACGGGCACCUGAGCUGGGUGACCUGCCCUGCAGGUUUUAGCCUCUGAACUAGAAGGAAACUUCUGCUUCUCCCAGGCCCGGGCAGCCAUUCGCUCCCACAGUUUAACCCUCCACACUAUGCAAGUAACUGCUUAGUAUUCUAAAAGUCAGGCCUGGUGAGAAGCAGGAAGGGAAGCUAGGUGGGCUUGUGGUUCUGAAGUUGUGGACCAGAGAACAACCAAGCUACAGCCAAGCAGAUGUUUCAUUUGGCUCACAGGAGGUCGCUUUUCCUACUUGGGUCAAGAUUUUAAAAUAAAAUGAGCUUACAGUUGAUGUAAA